GGCGAUUAUCAGCGGGAAUAAAAUGGGUGAAAUAUAUUAGAAAGGUCGCGUAUACUGGGUUGGUCAUUCCUCGAAAACCCAAGCUCAAGGAUUCCAGCGCGUCUUUUGAUCAGCGUCUAGUUGCAACAUGGCGAAAUUGGUUGUAGAUGAAAAUAUCAUUGAAGUUCUGCCGAGUGUUAAGGAGAUUGUAUCUGUGAGCAAGUCAGGUGAAUCUGCCUGGGCAAGGGCCUCACGAAUUGAUGUGCUUCACGAAGACAAUAGUAAGGAGAGCUACUUCAUGAAGGUUUCUCAAGGACAUGAUGGACUCGAAUCAUUGAAAGGAGAAUAUGAGUCUACCUCGGCAAUAUACUCAAUUACGCCAGAUUUCUGCCCAAGACCAAUUGCAUGGGGUACCUUCAAGACGGAUAAUGACUCUCAUUUCUAUAUAUGCAAGUUCUACGAGUUCACUGACGGAUUGCCUAACCCAAAAAUGUUUUGUGCAAACCUUGCAAGGCUUCACUCCUCCCAUUCUUCUCCAACAGGCAGAUUUGGGUUUCAUGUUGUCACAUAUAAUGGUGACCUUCCGCAGGAUAACACUUGGUCAGACAGUUGGGAAGCCUUCUUUGAAAGCGGGUUUAGACAUGUCUUGAAUGUCAGGGAGGCCCGCGCAGGACCGUCCGCUGAGCUUGAUGAGCUUCUUCAACCCUUCUUUGGAAAUGUGAUCCCCAGACUCUUGCGGCCUCUAGAGACUGGUGGAAACACUAUCCAGCCAUCUCUAGUUCACGGAGAUCUCUGGUGCGGCAACGCUGCCAUCACGGAUGAGGAUACUGAGGAAGGUAUCGUCUUCGACCCAUCUAGCUUUUGGGGUCAUAAUGAGUAUGAACUGGGGAAUUGGCGGCCUGAGAGAAACAAGUUCACACGGAAGUAUUUCAAUGCAUACCACUCGCAUAUUCCCAAGUCGGCGCCGGAGGAUGAUUAUGACGACAGGAAUGCCCUCUACGCAAUGCGCUUCAAUUUGAACGCGGCAACCCUAUUUCCCAGUCAGAAAGUGUAUCUUGAUAUGGUUAUUGAUGAGAUGAAACGGCUCGUGGAGAAAUUUCCUGAUGGAUAUACCGGCCACAGUCCUCGUGCAGAUAUUCUGGCACGCCAAAAUGCGAAUGCGAUGGCAGUCAGGAAGAAUGCAGAGGUCCAGCAAUACGCUGUAGAUGUAGAUGGGGCAUCCGCCUUUCCAUCUGAGGGCCAGUCUGUCUCGGCGGAGAUCGAACUCUGAGAGAUUUUUGCCAUGUGGCUAGCUUAGUAGCUGCUCCGAUCUUGAUGGAAAGUAUUUGAAUAGUAACAAUAGAAUAAAACGUGUGAUUAUUCUUUGACAUUAUACAAACUGAGAAUUGUGUGCUCAUACCCGCAAAAGGGGCUCCGCUCCCAAAGUGUAUUUCUAUGCGUAUAGAUCAGCCCGGCUCUAGAAAUCCUUCAUGCUGGCCUUUCAUUGUUGUCUGACCCAAAUCCUGCCAGACCUAGUAGUGUCAUCACUUUGAAGGUUCAAUCCGCAGUAUACUAGUGCUAGUAUAUGUAAUUCCACACCAAAUCACGAGCCCAGCCUGGCAGUCUGGCCCAAUGCCUCAUCCGCUCAGCCAAUGGAUGGGCUGCCGCAAGCGGUACCUAGAACCAAGAAAAGUAAAUCCACGAGCAUGGUCGUUGGUACUUUUUGACUACACCUAGGUAAUAAUCUUAGUUGCGCAUAUCGAGAUCAUCCAUUCUAAUCAUAUUGUAUGUCUGGUCAAUUG